AUGAACAGCUACAUAUUGAAUGAAAAUGAGAGGCUAAGGAAGAAAGCACAGCUUCUCAACCAGGAAAAUCAGGCACUGUUCUUGGAACUUAAGCAGAAGCUUUCUAAGAAAAACCCCAAAGGUUCAUUUGUUUUUUCACAGAGGCCUCCUACUGAUGGAGAAUGCAGAAAUGGCCUUUGUUUUAGUUUUAACACAGAAAUUUCAGUUACCCAGUUAGCAGUAAUCACCAAAGUUUUAAUACUUUUGUCCUGCCCAUGUUGCUGGUGA